AGCCAUUUUAACGAAAAUGGCGAUGAUCGAUGAGUACAUUUUGGGGGGUUUUGUUGCUUCCUUGUUUGGGUUCGCGUUGGUGUACAAUUUGCGAAGGAACGUGAGGAAAACGAGAGUUCCGAAGGCUGUGCGGGCGGAUGAGAGCCUCGAGAGAUCAGCCGCAGGCGGCGGAGUCCGGGAGGAGGCUGCCGGCGGGGAUGCCGAUAUUAUCAUUGUCGGCGCGGGGGUUGCAGGGGCGGCUUUGGCUUAUACUCUUGGCAAGGAGGGCCGGCGAGUUCGUGUGAUUGAGAGAGACUUAACAGAGCCAGAUCGUAUAGUUGGCGAACUUCUGCAGCCUGGAGGCUAUUUGCAAUUGAUUGAGUUAGGCCUUGAAGAUUGUUUGGAAGACGUUGAUGCUCAGCGAGUUUUUGGCUAUGCCCUUUACAAGGACGGUAGAAAUACGAAGUUAUCUUAUCCUCUUGAGAAAUUUCAUUCGGAUGUUUCUGGAAGAAGCUUUCACAAUGGCCGUUUCAUUCAGAGGAUGAGAGAAAAAGCUGCAACUCUUCCAAAUGUGAGACUUGAACAAGGAACAGUGACAUCCUUGCUUGAGGAGAAAGGGGCGGUUAAAGGAGUUCAAUACAAGACAAAGAAUGGUGAAACCUUUACUGCUUAUGCUCCCCUCACCAUUGUUUGUGAUGGUUGUUUCUCAAACCUAAGACGUUCUCUCUGUACACCCAAGGUGGACGUCCCAUCUUGCUUUGUGGGUUUGGUCUUGGAAAAUUGUGAACUACCUUACGCGAAUCACGGUCAUGUUAUUUUGGCUGAUCCUUCUCCUAUAUUAUUUUAUCCAAUCAGCAGUACGGAAAUACGUUGUUUGGUUGAUAUCCCCGGACAAAAAGUUCCCUCCAUUGCCAAUGGUGAAAUGGCUAAUUAUUUAAAGACGGUGGUGGCUCCUCAGGUUCCUCCAGAGCUGCAUGGCCCGUUUAUUGAUGCUACUGAGAAAGGUAACAUAAAGACCAUGCCCAAUAGGAGUAUGCCAGCGAAUCCUCAGCCGACUCCCGGAGCAAUCUUGAUGGGGGAUGCUUUCAACAUGCGCCAUCCUUUGACAGGUGGAGGAAUGACAGUAGCCCUUUCGGAUAUUGUCAUCCUUCGUGAUCUUCUCAGACCUAUACGAGAUCUGAAUGACGCAUCUACCCUUUGCAAGUAUCUUGAAUCCUUCUACACUCUCAGAAAGCCUGUGGCAUCCACAAUAAACACGUUGGCGGGAGCACUUCACAAAGUCUUCUGUGCAUCGCCCGAUCCGGCCAGGAAGGAAAUGCGUGAAGCUUGUUUCGACUAUCUGAGCCUUGGAGGUGUUUUCUCUAGCGGACCCAUUGCUUUACUUUCUGGCCUAAACCCACGCCCAUUAAGCCUUUUUCUCCAUUUCUUUGCUGUGGCUAUCUACGGAGUUGGUCGGUUGUUAAUCCCGUUCCCUUCUCCUCAAAGGGUUUGGUUGGGAGCCAGAUUGCUCUUGGUUGCAUCCGGAAUCAUUUUCCCGAUUAUAAAGGCAGAGGGGGUUAGACAGAUGUUCUUCCCUGCCACUGUUCCAGCCUACUACAGAGCCCCCCCUGUUAGUUAA